AGUAGCGAUCCGCGAAAGCAUAAUCGAACAUGUAGUCUUCUUUCUACUCACGGCGUCUCUCUCUUGAAGACACAACUGGAUCUUUCCCUUCAUCAUUCACGAUAAGCAUACAUCACCAUGGCCGACUACCAUGAACUCAACCAUCUACCCCAGGGCCAGGGUGAAUAUGACGAAAGGUUACAUUUUGCUCCAGUCUCCGAAACAACAAGUUAUAACGGAGCUUCGAUAGAGGAUGUGUCUCAGAAGGGACUGGACAAGUCCAUGACAGCCGUGGCAUAUGAAGAGGUUGCGCCCGAAUGGCCUCAGGGUCCUCAGAAAAUCGCACCCAAAGGGUAUAUCUGGUGGAUCGGGACAGUCGGCGAUUUCAUUUUGAGUGUCACGCCAGUGGCCUUCUUUGUUAUUGCUGCCCUCGCUAUUCAAUUGGAAGGUCAACCGACAUAUAACAACGAACAUGGUGAAAGCCUCGUCGAAGCCACCAAACUAGCCCCCACCAUCUAUCCCAUCGUUUUUGCGGCUGUAGCAAGCAGAUUCUACAAAAUACUUGGUCUGUGGAGUACCACCCGAUCUCAAGGCAUCUCCAUCGGUGCCCUCGAGCAGAUUCUUGGGAGUCAGAGCUUCGCCGGAAGUCUAUUUCGCUUGUUCAGCGUGCGAUCCCACAUCAGCCUGGGUAUCAUGAUCCUUCUCACAUGGGCUCUCUCACCCCUUGGCGGCCAGAGCUCGUCGCGUCUAAUCUUCACAACGAUCCAAGUGUCGGACUCCAAGGCACUCGUGUAUUACUCUACAACAGACUCCGAGUCAGCUUUCUCCUCGGCGAGCGGCCUCCAGGUAGCAUCCUCAGCUACAAAUUCUCUCUUCACUUCCAGCCUUAUGGCAGCUGAAGGGCAGAGGCGGUCCACGACUGACCUUUGGGCGCGGCCCAGAAUCCCUCGCCUCAUAGAUCCAUCGAAUGACGAUUGGCAAACAAUCCAUCAAGCCGCAAUGGAGGAAGUGGACUAUGCCUCCUUAAUCGGCAUCAAGAUUCUAGGGCUUGCAAAUUUCAACGCAACCACCUCCUACAGCUUGACGGCUGAAGCAACAUACAAUGAUCUCGACUGCAAACAGGUGCAAAGCGGCGCCUCAGUCAACGAAACACUCGCUUACAUACCUGCGGAUAGAUGGACUACUCCGAAAUACUAUGUCGACAAGAAGAAUGACACAACCGGCAAACGACUCCCUGGUUACACCGAACCCAUUGGAUCACCGGACAACAAAAGAGCCAGCUUCUUUGUUACUUCAGACUAUUCAACACCAGAGCGGACGUCAGGUGGACACCUUCACAUCAUGUUUGGUUCCCAUGAGGGAGACCACACCUACACCUUGUACAACUGCACUCUCCGAAACGUCCCAGUCGAGGUCGACAUCCUCUGCUCAUCGCCACUUGGCUGCGGUGCCCAACGAGUCCGGCGCUCCAAAUCACCGCAAUGGGACCAAGGUGACGCCCAUUCUCCCUUUACCCUAGAAAUGCCUGUCGUGCACAACAUCCUCUUGAAUUUCCCCUUUGCGGCGGGCUUUUUCGACAACGGAAGUCCCACAUACCAAUCCUCAAUCGACAACUACCUCCGCGGCAUCACCCAGUUCCCCUUCAAGCUGAACUAUCUCAGCCCCUGGCCCACCAACAUUACAGACGAAGCUUUUUCCAAGCGUCUCACCCUCCUGUUAAACACGUACUAUUACGCCUCGCUCGACCCUUUUACCGCCACCGACUCCAACUACUCCAAGUUCCCCGUAGACACCGAUCACAUCAUGUCUCAGCCCGUCUACCCCGGCCCCUAUCUAUACAGCGGAUACCAAGGCGCAUCAAUGGUCAUGGUCAACAACGCCACCGAGUCCACCCGUCGCGAGAUCUACGGACUGAACCGGCAAUGGGUCGCCAUCCUCAUUCUGUGCACAAGUAUCCUGCAGAUCCUGUCGCUUGCCGGCCUGUUCCUACGGUUAACCACGCCGGCACCGGAUAUCCUCGACCAUGCUUCGAGCUUGACGCGCGAGAAUCCGUUUAUACCAGUUCCUAAAGGCGGGUCGGCCAUUGGUGGGCCGGAAAGAGCGCGGAUACUAAGGAGGAUGAGGGUCAAGAUGGCGGAUGUGAGGCCAGAUGAGCAGAUUGGGUAUGUGGCACUUGUAGCGACGACGGGAAUGCUGGACCAGGGUGUUAAUGCGCAUGGGGAGGUCAUUCCUACUAGGGCCUUGAGUCGGUGGAAGCUGUAUUGGUAA